AAGUAACACUGUUAGUAAGUGUUGUGACUUAGAACUAACACUGUUAGUAAGUUGGAAGAGUCCACCCAGAGACCAGUGGAACGGAGUCCUGAAAGGUUACUACGUCAGCUACAAGGUCAAGGACUCUUCAAGUAGAUUCUCUUACGAGACUGUGACGAACGAUGACGUCACAGACAAAGAUGAAGAAGAAGUAACAAUUCGUGGUUUGAACGUUGGAACAGAAUACAUAGUGACUGUGAAAGCUUUUAAUAGUGCUGGAACCGGACCUUCGUCAGAGGAAAUGACGUGUGCCACACUCCGGGGAGAUCCACCAUCAGCUCCCAAUGUAAGACUAGUUGGUGUGAACAUUGAUUCCUUGACCUUAGACUGGAGAACCCCACAGGAAGAAGGUCCUGUUCUACAAUACGUACUGGAGUUUAAAAAAGAUGGAAUGACGAAACACCAGCGCCACCUACCGGUAUCUAGCAGUAGCUACAAAGUAACCCACCUGCAGGCAGGAUCUCGGAAUGAACUUAGACUGGCAGCUUACAACAAGUUUGGAAGAGGAAGUGCGUCGUCUCCUGUUGUAGCUUUUACUGAAGCACAUGGAGUUAAGUCAACUCAGGAAACAGAAGACGGACCAUUCUAUAUCCGGUUAUAUUUCAUAAUUCCUGUUGCCGUUUCCGUUACUGUUAUUGUUUGUGCUGUGGUUGUUGCUUGGGCUUGUCUGAAGAAGGAACACAUAGUAGAAAAAAAUCAACCAAUCUACGUUGCUUACGGGACCAGGUCAUCCUACGGACAUCCUCCAACCAUGCAGGGAACACUGAAGUCACGUGACAGCAGGGCCCUUGAAAAUGGAUAUGAUAUUCCAUGGGACGUUCCGGGAUACAGAGGAAGUGGGUCAAGCGACGGAAACUAUACGAAACUGAAGCAAGUUAACCCUAACACUUAGAUGAUACCUGUUAAUGUUGAGUGACGUCACUGUGGACAGAAACUAUUACUUCGAAUAUGAACUUUCCGUUUCUUACACGUGUUCAUUGUCUCCGUGUAAAUACAUAUUUACUUAGUGUUUAUGUCUGCGAGUUGUUAGUAGUGUAAAAUAUAUCACCAUUUAUUUGUUAUUAUUACUUUUAAUAUCUGUAUCCUGUAAA